UGAACCGGUCGAGUAUAAUCACUGCGCUUUAAAAAGUGAAAAUAAAAUAAACGGAAAAGACUGCAACAUGUUGUGGUUAAUUCUAAGUUCAUUUAUUUUGCAACAUGUUUUAGCUAUCAACGCCAACGGUAUCUACUCCGUUGUGGCACCCCGGACCAUUCGAUCCCUCAACCCAUUCGACGUGUCCGUUACCGUGCACAAUGCACCUGGACCCAGCCAAAUCUCGGUCAGCCUGUCGGGGCCCUCGUUCAGUAGGCGAAAGGACGUUAAUGUUCAACCCAUGUCCUCGCAGACCGUUAAGUUCGAUAUUCCGAAACUGACCAAUGGUGAUUACCGACUGAAUGUGGAGGGCACUGGAGGCAUUGUGUUCCAGAACUCCACCAAGCUAGACUUUGCCGAAGACAAGAACAUGAUCUACAUCCAGUCGGACAAGGCCACCUAUAAGCCCGGCGAUUUGGUGCAGUACAGAGUGCUCUUCCUGAACAAGCACACCCAGCCGGCCGUCAUCGAGAAGCCCAUUACCAUUGAGAUCUACGACGGGGAGAAGAAUCUGAUCAAGCGGUGGAAGGAGGUCAAGCCGACGCAGGGCAUUUACUCCGGGCAGCUGCAGCUGUCCGAUCGCCCGGUCCUGGGCAACUGGACCCUCACAGUCUCGGUGAAGGACGAGGCCAAGGAGACCAAGGUGCUGGUGGUGGACAAGUAUGUGCUGCCAAAGUUCGAGGUGACCAUUAAGGCACCCAAGGAUCUGGUCGCUACUGCUGGGAGCGUUCUAGCGACUAUCCGGGCCAGAUACACCUUUAGAAAGCCCGUCAAGGGCAGCCUCGUCGUUUCGAUUGAGGGCAGUAAGACCGAGAAAAACCUGCCCAUCGAUGGAGAGGUGAAUGUGGAGCUUCCGAUUCCGGACUCCACCAAGAAGUAUUUGAAAAUAAUUGCCAUCGUUAAGGAGGAACUAACGGAUCUCAAGCACAACGGCACGGCCUAUGUUAACCUUCACGAGCAUCGCUACAAGUUGGAGGAUCUCCAAUGGCCAACGCAUUACAGGCCGGGAGUAUCGUACAACUUCAGUGUUGUGGUCCGAACCUUAAACGGUUCCCGUGUAGACGACGCUUCAAAGAAGGUUUCCUUUAACGUGCUGUGCUGUCAGCUUGCCAGGACGUUCCCAGCUGCCCUUCAAAAUAGCGUCGCCACAAAGGAAAUAAUGCCACCCGAUUCUUCGUGCAAAAGUUGUCUUGUGACAGCCACAUUCGAAAGUGCAGCCAGCAUUGAACAAUACAUCUAUAAGCUCGACCAGGCGGCAGUCAAGAUCGAGGUUAUUACCAAAAAACCCAAACUAAGGGAGUUGCUAUACAUCAAUGUCACAUCCACUUCGUAUCUUCCGUACUUCAUGUUUACGAUAGUGGCUCGGGGUAAUAUCGUCGCCAAUUAUUUUGUGCCAAUGGCAGCAAGGGAAACCAGAAAGGCUAUUCAAUUCAAACCCAACUUUAAAAUGGUGCCCCAAGCCACGAUAUAUGUCCAUUAUAUUGUUAACGGAGUUUUGAUGUCCGACGAGAAGACUAUCGACAUCGAGAGGGACUUUGGGAACACGAUUGAAAUCACGGCACCCAGUGAAGCAAAGCCCAGCCAAGAGGUGAGCCUUAAGGUGAAAACCGAUCCCCAUUCCUACGUCGGACUCCUGGCAGUGGACCAGAGUGUUCUUCUUCUGAGAUCUGGAAACGAUUUCAGCCGGGACCAAAUAUUGAACAACCUCGCCAAGUACUCCAAUGACUUGGUGACCCUAACUAAUGCCAAUCUAUACAUCGAUUUGGGUGGUUGUUAUACUAAUCCCGGAACGAACUCAGCUCCGACCGACAAUAAAGCAUCAACCAGUCCGGAAAGUUCACCUCCCGCGAUUCGAAAAGUAUUCCCUGAAACCUGGUUGUUCUCAAAUAUAACCGAGGUGGACGCUAAUGGAGAAUACAUCCUGAGAAAGACAAUACCCGACACGAUGACCUCCUGGGUUAUCACCGGCUUCGCCAUGAAUCCCAAUUCCGGCCUUGCAAUGACCCGGGGUCCAACUAAAGUAACUGUGUUCCAACCCUUCUUCGUGACCACCAAUCUGCCGUACUCCGUGAAGCGGGGUGAAGUGAUUGCCAUACCCGUGGUGGUGUUCAACUACUUUAAAGUGGCGGUCCGGGCGACUGUAUCGAUGGAUAACUCUGAAGGUCACUACGAGUUUGUCGAGGCCACCAGUGCAAAUGCGACCAAGGAUGUAAUUGGGGUGCAGAGGAGAAAGCUACUAAUGCUACCAGCCGGCACCGGACGAAGCAUUUCGUUCAUGAUUCGUCCCAAGAAGGUGGGAGUGAUUUCCCUGAGGAUCAGUGCCAUCUCGCCGAUCGCCGGCGACGCCAUCCAUCAACAUCUUCGUGUGGAGGCCGAUGGCGUGACCAAGUACGUCAACAAAGCCGUACUGGUCAACGCACAGAACAGGCACCGACGAAGCUUGGGUUCGCCGGAAAAAGAACUUAUCGUAGAACAAGUUACCAGUGCUAUAGAGGGCUCCGAAUUCGUGGAAGUCCAGGUGGGUGGCUGCAUUCAGGCACCCCAGCUCGAGCACCUGGACCAAAUGGUUCGCCUGCCCUACGGCUGCGGCGAGCAGAACAUGUUUCACUUUGUGCCGAGCAUUCUGGCACUGACCUACCUGAAGGCGACUAACCGCAUUGAACCCGAGAUAUCGAGCAAGGGUAAGAAAUAUGCGGAGAGUGGAUACCAGAGGGAGCUUACCUACAAGCGCGAUGACGGGUCCUUCAGCGCCUGGGGCAAAAACGAUCCUUCGGGUAGCACUUGGCUCACCGCCUAUGUUAUUCGAUCCUUCCACCAGGCGGCCGAGCACAUAGACAUCGAUCACAAUGUGCUGAAAGCUGGACUCGAUUUCCUAAAGUCCCGACAGAAGGCCAGCGGCGAGUUCCCGGAACUGGGCAGGGUCAUUCACAACAGCCACGGAAGUCCAUUGGCCCUGACCUCUUUUGUCCUCCUGACAUUCUUCGAGAAUGAGGAAUACAAGAACCAGUACAAAUGUGUGAUCGACAAGGCUGUAGCAUUUGUGGCCAGUAAGGUGGACCAGUCAAAUGAGCCAUAUGAUCUGGCCAUUGCCGCUUUGGCCUUGUCGAUGGCCAAACACAGCAAGGAUCAAACGGCCCUGGACAAAUUGAAGCGGAUGGCCAAGCAGUCGAAUGGCCUCAAGUGGUGGUCCAGGUCAGACAAUUGUGCCAGCAACGACGUGGAGAUCACCUCGUAUGUGCUGCUCGCUCUUUUGAACCAGUAUAACACGGAUGACCCCACUCCGAUUGUCAAUUGGCUGAUUAGCAAACGCAACAGCAACGGAGGAUUCGUAUCAUCACAGGACACCGUUGUGGGCACCAUGGCCCUAACCAAAUUCGCAGUCAUAGCCAACGAACCGAUUCCAGAGAUGAACAUACUAGUGGGAUAUGAGAAUGGCCAGAAAGAUAUUCUGGUAACUCCCCAAAAUGGUAUGCAUAUGCAGACGCACGUACUGCCGAAUAACAUUGAUAGGGUCACAUUCACGGCCGAGGGACAGGGACGUGCCCAAGUCCAGCUGAUGUACCGCUACAAUGUGGCCACCCGGGAGCCGAGUCCCAGCUUCAAGGUGACCACCAAUGCCAAGAAAUCGGAGAAACACCGACUGAAUCUCGACAUUUGCGGCGAAUAUACUCCCAUCGCCACCGCCGACAAGGGAAAGCCCACCAACAUGGCGCUAAUGGAGGUCCAACUGCCAUCCGGCUAUGUCAGUGACUCCGAAUCCUUCGCCGGCAUCGAAGCCGUUCCGGAUGUCAAGAAAGUGGAGACCAAGAACGAUGACACCGAGGUGCACAUCUACUUCGAAAAACUGUCGCCCGGCGACCGCAAAUGCUUCACCCUCAAGGCCAUAUUCACCCAUGCAGUGGCCAACCUGAAGCCAUCGUGGGUUCGACUCUACGACUACUAUGCCACCGAGCGCAGUGCCACCGAGUUCUUCCACGUGGACUCGUCCCUGUGCGACAUUUGCGUUGGCAACGAGUGCGGAUCUGGGUGCUAA